ACUCCCCGCACCGUUCGGCGGAGGAGGAGGAGGAGCUCGGGGAGUGGGGGGGUCAUUCUUGCCACUCUGCCGAAUUUCAUGUGCAGUCACCCCGUCUCGUUUCAACUCUCGCUGCUGCGUUGUUCACCUGCCAUCCCGUCCCCCCUGCUCACCUCACUCGCCACCUUCUCGCCUCGCCGCUGCUUCUUCACCCACCUCGUCGGGUCGCGUACGCGACUGGGUUCGCGUGUGCGAUCUGCUGCAUGGUCGAUUUGGUGGCGUGGUAGUAGCGGUGGCUGUGACAGUGGCAUGAUUCUGUCUUGUUGAGGCUCGGUUGAUUCUAGUGAUUGGAGCGGAUUUCCUUUUCUGAUGAUUGUGUAGACUUUAAAUUUUCUGUGAUUUUUGAUUUUUGGUUUUUUUGGGGGUCGGCUUAAACCCUAGGUCGUUGUGUAGUUUUCUGACCUAGUCCCAAAUAUUGUCUCUUCCAAUUUACAUGCUUGAGCGUUUGAGGUUGUCGUUGAGGUGUAGGUAGGUUGUUGAUGAGAUGAGGGACAGUUGCAAAGAGUGGAGUAGGAAUUGGGGUAGGUAGGUCUAUUUGAGAGGUUUUUUUGAAGGGGUGAGAAAAGGAUGGUUUAGUGGGGUAGGUAGCUUCGAUUUCUGCAGCUGGAGUUGGGGAUUGCAAACAAGGAGAGUGGUUCUGAUUGUGAACGGACGGUUUCGAUGGAGGCAUAUAAAGAAUGGGUCCGGCGCAACCGCUUAUGGCUUUCCUCUAUCGAAAGCCUUGCAAACACAAUGACAUGGUUCUUGCCGGAGCGUUUAACUUCUUCGGAACUCGCUCCAGAAGCUUUGUCUACGAUGGUGGGCCUGGUGACGGUCAUGAAUGAACAUAUUGUUGCUACGGCUCCGGAAAUCUCCUCUACGGAGUUUCAAGUACGACCACCUGAGGAUCCGACUUUCCCGUGGCCACUUCUGUUGUCAGUUGUGAAAGAGGUAGAGGUUCUUGUUGAAAUGAGUUCAGAACACUUCCUCGGCAGAGACCAGAAAUGGACUCCGGUAGCUGUGGUCGAGGCUCUCAAGGCUUUCAUGCGCCUGCUGGUGCUGCAUAAGAGUGGUUACAAAAUGCUGAUUGAUGGAGGCGAAACUCUGAACCGUGAAGAGAAGCCUGAGUCCUCGCACUGUGACGUACUAGGCAAAUCUCAAAUUCGGGGAGCCACGCCUAGUUCUAGCAAUCAACCCAGAGCUAUACAAGCUAUGAAUAAGUAUCGAAACAAUGUUGGCACUAGGCCUUCUUGGCUUGUAGCUAAACCUGUUGCAACUCCACCACCACCACCGCCAACACAACAUUUUGAGCCCAAAUCGUCAGCACCAAUAAGAAAAUUUAAGAUUCUUGGAGAGGUUCUUUUGAUUUUGAGGCCUUUCCUGUAUGUUAUGAUGAUCCGACGCCAUGGAUUGCGGUCAUGGAGGCCGUGGUUAUCAGCAUUGGCUAUAGAUGCAACUGGUAUGGCAAUUUUGUACGGUUCUACUCUGUUUCCUGACUACGUAUUUGGCAACAAAUCAAUACCCAGAUGUGUUCCCUCCAAACAAGAGAAAAAUGAGAUCACGAGGAGGCAAGUGUUGUGGGCUCUCUAUCUUAUGCGGAGCCCUUUCUUCGAUCUAUACACACAUCGGCGUUUGGAACGUGUAGAAAAAACUCUAAAGCCUGUGCCUCUUUUUGGUUCUCUUGCUGGUAAAGCAGUGGAGCUGAUACAAGGUGUCCAAGCUUUUUACACCUACACAGCUGGAUCCUGAUUGAUUUCAAGCUGGCAGGAUAUUUUUACGUCUGUUUCUCCUGCCUGCUGAUCUUCUUGGCUGAUUUGAAGUGUUGUAACUACAGUUUUGAAGGGGAUGGGGUUUAACUGUUAGUAGUGAUCCUUUCGAAUGCUACAUUACUGGUUAUUUGCAGAACUUUCAAGUGCCUGCUGAUAUGGUGAAAUUAUCACUUAUUACAGUUCGGGCCUUACAAUGGGGUGGUGCUGAUUAGGAUGAUGAUGCAGUUUAAGGGCAUGGGGGAGCUAGCCUUCAAAUAGCAAGGUCUAAUGAAGUAGGAGGUCAUCUACUGCGUAUUGUAUCAUAUUUUCCUAUCGCCCAACGUAGUGUCGAUGUAGUUUUUAGUUUUAUAGGGGAAACAACUGUCAACCUGAUUUGUCUACACAUCUGGUAAAAUUUAUUUAUUAUAAUUUGGUUAAUUGAUGAUUCAAUUCAUAAAUCGAAAUUAAUAAGAGGGUUUUUGUCUUCAGUAGC